UAAUAAUAAUAUAUUAAAUAAUAAUGAAGAAAAGAGAAAUAGUUCUUUUCUGAAUGCCUAUGAAAAUACCAACAUUUCUAAGGACAAUUCUGCAGAAGAAAUAGCAGAAAAAUAUUUAAGGAAUAAAGUGAGUUAUAAAACUAUAAAUAAAAAUAAUUAUAAUAUAAAUAUAAAUAAUGAUUAUUAUGAUAAUAAAAAUAUAAGUGAGUGUAAUAAUUAUAUACCUAAUGAUAAUACAUCAUAUUAUUUGAAUAAUAAAAAUGAAAAUAUGAAUUUAAAUUAUGUUGGAGAAAAAAAUUUUGAAAAGAAAAAUGAUUAUAUGUAUACAAAUUUAUUUUUAAAUACAAGUAAAAUAACUAAACUAAUUAAUUCUUGUAAUACUUCUAUGAACCCUAUAGAGACGAAGAAAUUUUAUCAAUCCAAAGAACAGGAAGGAUAUAAUAAUUAUAUAAAAAAUCAAGAAAAAAAUAAUGUAGUAAAUACUAUUGAUGAUUUAUUAAAUAAAUACACAAACAAUACUAGUAUUAGAAAAAAUGAUGAUAAUUUAAGUUAUUUUAAAUAUAGCAUGAACAAACCAUAUGUAUUAGACACAAAAAAGGAGAUAACAAAUAAAUUACUGUUUGACGAUGCCUCUGAAAGGAGCAAAACAAAAUAUACUAUGAAUAAUAAUAUACAAAAUAAAGAUAAUAAUAGCAUCAUCACCAACAAUAAUAAUAAUAAUAAUAAUAUUAGUAAUAUUAAUAAUAUUAGUAAUAUUAAUAAUUGCAGUAAUUCUGAUAGACGCAAUUUAUAUGAACCACAAAGUCAUGGUAAAAAAAAAAAUUUAAUCCAACGAAAUAAAGACUAUGUUCAUUAUUUGAGCAAACGAAAUAGUAUCUUAAAAAAUGAAAUACUAGUGAAGAAAGAUUUAAAAAAAAAAAAAAUGAGCGUUUCUGCAUAUGCGGAGAAUUCUUUUAUAAAGAAUAAACUUAAAGAAGAUAGAUAUAAAAGAAAUAACUUUUUUUUUUUUGAUAUGAAUUCUAUGUAUGAAGAAGGAAAAAAUAAAGAAGUAGAUUUAAUUAACAACAUGAGUAUAUUUAAUAAUAAAAAGGAAACGACGUGUGAAAAUAAACAAACUUAUAAUUAUAAUGAAAACAAUAAACCUGUUAUUAAUAAUAUGAACACAUUUGAAAAUGAUACUAAUAAAAUUAUUAACAAUUCCAUUAUUUAUAAAAGUAAUAAAAGAUGUGAACAUUCAAGAAAUUCAAAUGAUAAUAGUUUAUUUGAUAUGAGUUAUUUAAAAUCUACUUAUUCAGAUUCUAGCAAAAUUAUUGAUUCGCCUUUAAGUUAUCAACAAGACAAUAUGAGCAUUUUCAAUAUAAGUAUUAAUAAAAUUAAAAAUGAAGAAUGUUUUAUAAAUGUUUUUGAUAGUUCAGAUUUACAUUCAAAAAAUGAUGAUAAUGUAAUUCAUUACAAAGAUUCAAAUAAUAAAAAUAUGGUAGAUGUUACAAACGUGUCUAGUGACUCUACCUUAGAAUCUAAAAAUAAAACGUCAGACACAUAUUCAAACAUAUAUAAUUAUAAAAACAAUAGUAAGACACAAAGAGGAGAUAAUGAUGUAUCUAUAAAUAGGCAAAUAUCUUCAGCAUUAAUAAAUACUAAUAGAGUUGAUAAUAAAAAAGGAGACUAUAUAAAUAAUACAAAUAAAAUAAUUACUAAUGGUAACAAUAAUGAUGAUGAUAAAAUUCUAAACAAUACUUAUAAUUUAAAAUACAACACAAAUUAUAAUAAUAUUAAUAAUGAUAUAAAUGAAACCUACAACAAACAUAUUAUAAAUAAGAAGGAAGGAUAUAGUGAUUAUUUAAUAAACACACGCAGUAAUUAUAGUUUAAAUGAUAUUAAUAAGCAAUAUGCUAAAAAAAAUUAUAAAGAAAAUGAAAAUUUAUCUGAGGAUAUUAACAAUAAUAAUAUGAAUCGAUAUUUUGAAUGUAAGAAAAAUGAAGAUAUAAUAAAAGAAAACAUCAACAACAACAACAACAACAACAACAAUAAUAAUAAUAAUAAUAAUAAUAAUAAUAUGAUUGGUGGUGAUAAAAAUAAAGAUGCCAAAUUAUUUCCUUUAUAUUUUUCUGAUAACAAACUAAAUAUUAUAUAUAAUGAUAGAGUAGAAAAACGUUACAUGAUCAAUAGUAAUAAUAAUUUCUUUUCAAGCGACAAGAAAAAAACAACAAGUAACUCAAACAUAGAUGAUAACAAAAUGAAAUGUUAUAAUAAUAAUAAUAAUUAUAAUUAUGAUAAAGGUAUAAAUAUUUAUAAUUGUAAAAAUAAAAAUAUAGAUGGAGAACAGGAUAAAAAAAACAACUUGCAUAACAUGAAUACUAGUCAUAUUAAACAUGGAUAUUUAAAUAUAAAUAAAGAACAUAUGAACGAAUUAAAUAAUAUUAAUAAUUAUGAAGAUUAUUAUAAAUAUAUAAAAGAAUUUUUAAAUUAUAUACCUAUAACUAUUAAAAAUAUAAAUAUUUUAUUAGCUUUAUCUUUAUAUUUUUUAAAUUUUAACAUAAAUAAUAAUUCUACAGAAAAUAAAAUAUCAGAUAAUUUAUUAGCAGAACUAUUAAAUAAAUUUUUAUAUUGUCUUAAUUUAAAAACAUGCUUACUUAAAGAAAAUAAAAUAAAUAAUAGUUCAGAUAAAUAUUAUUACAUACAAAUAAAAGAAAAUGAUAUUAAGAAUAAUGAAUUGUGUGAUGAGAACAAGGACGAAAAAAAAAAAGAAAAAAAAAGUGAACAACAUAAAAAUGGAGAUGAUAUAAACCGUGUGGAGGAUAUAAACCGUGUGAAUGAUAUAAACCAUGUGAAGGAUAUAAACCAUUUGAAUGACCAAAAUAAUCAUAAUUUGAAUGUUGAAAAUGAGAAUUCCAUUAGUAAUAAUAAUAACAACUCUUUUGUUACCUUUUAUAAUAAACGAAUAAUACAAAUUGAACAUGAAGAGAUAGCUAACAAUAUAUUAGAAAAAAAUUUUGAUGAUAAGGAUCACAAUUUUAUAACAAAUAAAUAUGAUAAUAAAAAAAAAUUUUUUGUUUUUAAUAAAGAUAUGAAAAUAAUAAGUUUAAUUGAUAUAUAUAAAAUAUCUUGGAGUUUGUGUGUAUUAAAAAAGAACGAAAUUUUUAUUGAUCUUUUAAGAAUAUUAUAUAAAGAGAUUGAAUAUAUGGAUGUAGAUAAAGAUUUCAUAUUUUGUGUUAUGUAUCUUUUUCAAUAUUGUAAUAUAAUUGAAAUAAAAGAAUGUGAAAUAAAUAUAAAUAAAAAUGUGAUUCUAAAUAUAAAUGAUAAUAAUAAUGAAAAUAUGUGUAUGUAUUUACAUUUAUUAUAUAUAUGUUCAUUAUAUAAUCAAAAUAUUUUAUAUAAUAAUUAUCAUAAAAAAAAUAUUGAAAAAAUUAUUCUAUGUUUUCAUGAUAUUUUGGAAUAUUUAAAUUUAUAUACAUGUACUCACAUAUUAUGUGUAUUAGCAUAUUUAAAUAUAAAAAAUGAUGAGCAUCCAUAUUUUUUUAAUAAAAUAUUAAAUGUAUUUAGACAUAACAUAAAAAAAUUAAACAAAAGUGUAUUAUUAGUAAAUAUAUUAUGGUCUUUAUGUUUGAUUGAAGUACCAUGUGCAGAAUUCUUAAAAGAUAUAAGUGAAUAUAUUAUAAAUAUUCUACAUUAUAUUCCACUAAGUGAUUUUAUAACAAUAUCAUGUUGUUUCGCUUGUCAAAAAAUGAUACUAAUAAAUAAAUACUGGAUGAAUGUAAAAAAAACAAAAGAACCAAAUAUACUACAUAAAUAUAUUAUGAACAUUUCUCAAGAGACUAUAAAUGAAUAUAAACAAUAUGAAAAUGAUAUAGAUACAUUUUAUAAACAAAAGAAAUUAUAUCCAUAUUAUUUUUAUAGAAAACCUAUAUGCCAUUCUAUCAUUUUUAAAAUAUUAGCUUAUAAUUUUUUACACUACGAACAGAUAAAUAAAAAAAAACAACAAGACCAAAAAAAUUAUAAAAUAAAUCCUGAUGAAAAUAAAAAUCAAGUAGAUGGUUAUAAAAAAGGAACAACUAAUAGAAGUCUAAGUGUAGAAAAUAGACAUGAAAAAGAGAAUACAACAAAUAAAAAUGUUAAUCUUCAUAAUUCGAGAUUUAAUAGUUCAAAUGUUUAUGGAAAUAUUAAAAGUGUAAGAAUAAAAAAUUACAACCUUGAAGAUAAUGAUGUUAUAAAAAAGGAUAUACAGGAUGAAUUUAUAAAAAAUAAUAAUUUUUUAUCAACUUAUAAACAACAACAAGUACCCUUCUCAACACCAUGCGAAGAUCUUUAUUGUAAUAAAAAAAUAAAUGAAGAACAUAAUAGAAAUACAAACAUAGAUAAUAAUUGUAAUCAUACUUAUUCAUAUAUACAAAAUAAUCUUACAAAUUCUAUUAAAAAUGAGUGCAAAAAUAAUAUAUAUAAAAAAAAAAAUUUUAAAAAAAUUAAAGAAUAUUAUAAUAUAUAUGAUAAUAAAAAUAAUAAUUAUGAUUUUAUUCUUAACUCAUAUGAACGUAUCUUAUUUACAAAUUUAAUAGAAGAUUGUUGUAAUAACAUCGAUAAAAUAAACUCUAUACUUUUGAUAGAACUUUUAUAUACUCUAUGUAUCCUACAUAUAGACAAAUCAAAAAUUGUUAAUGUCAUUGAAAAGAAUAUGAACAAGAAAAUAUUUUAUGAGCAUUAUGAGAAGUUUGUUGACAAGAUAAAAAAAAAAAAAUUAUCCACUAUAAAUAAAAAUAAAAGUAUAAAUAAAAAUAUAAAUAAAAAUAUAAAUGAUAUAAAUAUGAACCAUGCAGAUAAAAAUGUCAACAUAGAAAAAGAAAUGAAAAAUGAAAAAGAUGAUGUUAUUAUCCUAUAUUAUAUAUAUAAUAAAUUUAUAAAAGAAAAUUCGCAGUUUAUUAAUAAAAAUGAUUUAGAUGAUAAUUUUUGUUUAGUUGUGAAUAAUAUUUAUUUCUGUAAAUAUAUAAAUGAUGAUAUUUUUUUAAAAAUUAUUAAAAUGGAUAAGGACACAACAACAAGCAAGACAAAUAAGGAUGAUAUUACAAGUACGACAAAUAAUAACAACAAUAAUAAUAAUAUUAUCAAUAAUAAUAAUAUUAUUAAUAAUAAUAAUAAUUACUAUAAUUAUAGCACCCUUUAUAAAUUAAAAAAUAUAUUUUGUGGUGGUUCCUUUAAAAAGAAUCAUAUAUUAAAUAAAGAUAUGAAUCAUAAUAAGAAACAUACACCAAGUAAUGAAAUUGAACUAUCAAAAAAUAAAAAAAAUGAUAUAACUAAUAAAAUCAAGGAUGAUAAUCAUAAUUAUUUUAUAUCUGAAAAAGAAGGUAAUAAUAAUAAUAAUAAUAUAAAUAAUGAAUAUAAUAAUGAGCAAAUAAAAAAUGAAGAUAAUUAUAAACAUACACAUAUGUAUGAUAAAAAAGAUAACAAUGUUUAUAAUGAUAUAUAUAAUAUGUGUAAUACACAUAAUGAACAAUAUGAUUCAAGUGACAAAAAUAUUUAUCAAAAUAAACAUCUUAGUUUAUAUAAUAAUAAAAAUACACAUACAAAUUAUUCACAAAAUGAUGACUACAUAUCAAAUGAAAAGAUUAAUAUAUAUUAUCAAGAUGAAAAAAAUAUUUAUAAAGAUACAAAAAAUAAUAUACCUUCAUCAAAUAAUUACACUCAACAUUUAAGAGAACACAAUGAUAAUAUAACAAGUAGCACAAAUAAUAGCCCAGAAACUAAUAGUGAUAAUACGUCUAACAAAUUAUAUAAACUUAGAAAAGAUAUACAAAAUACAUUUAAGGCUUCUAUUUCAUAUUAUAUUAAUAAAACUACACAUAACAAUAAAAAUAAUGAUAUAGAUUAUAAUGAAAAUUUUAUUCAUUCAGAAAUUUAUAAUAAUAUUGUUAAAAAUAGAAAUAUAAAAAAAAUAAUGAAUAAUCAUAAAGAAAAUCAAAUUAUAGAAGAAAAUAAUUUAAGAAAUAAUAAUGAUUAUGAAAAAAUAAAUAAACAAACAAAAAAUCCAAAGGAUGUAAAAUCUAACAACUAUCAUUUCAAUUUUUAUAAAAUAUUUAUCUUAUUAUUACAAAUUUCCAUAAUAUCUUUAUUUCUCUUUAUUAUUAUAUUUAUAUAUACAUCAUUGGCAUAA